AUGGAACAGAAGAAUGGCAGCUCUUUCACUGGGUUUAUACUGUUCGGUUUCUCUGACCGACCUCAACUGGAGCUAGUCCUCUUUGUGGUUCUUCUGAUCUUCUAUCUGUUCACUCUGCUGGGAAACACCACCAUCAUUGCCUUGUCCCACCUUGACCCACAUCUUCAGACUCCCAUGUACUUUUUCCUCUCCAACCUAAGCUUUCUGGACCUGUGUUACACGACCAGCACUGUCCCUCAGCUCUUGGUUCAUCUCAGGACAACAGACAAGUCUAUCUCAUUUGGUGGCUGUGUAGUUCAGCUGUUCCUCUCGCUAGGUUUGGGAGGUACAGAAUGCAUUCUGUUAGGCGUCAUGGCAUUUGACCGCUAUGCAGCCAUCUGCAAGCCCCUGCAGUACACCGUGAUCAUGCACCCCCGUCUCUGUGCCCUCAUGGCUUCUGCAUCAUGGUUCAUUGGUUUUGCCAACUCCUCACUGGAGACAGUGCUUAUCUUCCUCAUACCACUCUGUGGGAGAAAUAAAAUAGACCACUUCUUUUGUGAGGUCCCCCCACUGCUCAAGCUUGCCUGUGUUGAUACCACUGUAUAUGAGUCUGAGAUCUUCUUUUCCAGCAUGAUCUUUCUUAUCAUACCUCUGGCAUUAAUCACCUUUUCCUAUGGUUGGAUUGUUAGGGCAGUCUUAAGAAUAAAGUCAGCCUCGGGGCAGAAAAAAGCAGUUGGCACAUGUGGGUCCCACAUCACAGUGGUCUCCCUGUUCUAUGGCACGGCUAUCUAUGUUUACCUCCAGCCCAGCAACAACUACUCCCAGGAUCAGGUCAAGUUUGUUUCUCUGUUCUACACUAUCAUCACACCCAUGGUCAACCCCAUCUUAUAUACACUGAGGAACAAGGAUAUGAUGGGAGCAAUAAAGAAGGUGCUAUUGAGAGCACAUGACUCUAGAUGA